AUGGCCUUCCAAGUCGAUAAUGAUGCGCUGCCGACAGCAAAUAUCACACCACUACCUAUGGCGAUGACAGCUGCUGCGUUCCUGGGGAUUGCCUGGUAUCUGAUUGUCGAAGUCAGUGUGCGUCUGCUGUCAAGGGCAACACGCCGGAGUCUCUACUUCUGGUCUUGCCUCGCCUGUUCCUGGGGCAUCAUCACCCAUGCCCUUCUCAUCACACUCUUGGACUUCAAGGUCUGGGAGAGCUAUGGCGCCAUUGUCAUCAUUCAUAUGUCAUGGUGUACACACGUCGUAUCGCAGUCCAUCGUCCUCUACUCAAGACUCAACCUGGUCCUGCAGAGACUCGAGACUGGACACUAUGUGCUCUACAUGAUCAUUGUCAACUCUGUCAUCUUCGGCCUCGGAACUGUCGUGCUGGGCAUGGUCGCUCGCCACCCUACCAUGGUCCACAGACUCGGUCCCGCCAAUCUUAAAUGGGACAAGAUCGAACUUGCUGCGUUCUUCGUCCAGGAGACUAUGAUCUCCCUCCUCUACAUCCGCGAAACAGCGCGCCACCUGCAGAAUGUCGCUCUCCUCGGCACAAACGCGCGCACUACACGGCGUGUCCUUUAUCACCUGAUCUUCGUAAACAUCUUCAUCAUCUGUCUGGACUGCAGCCUUAUCGGCCUGUGCUAUGCAGACUUUUUCUUCCUGCAGGGCUACUACAAAGCCGCCGUGUACGCCGUCAAGCUGCGCACAGAGUUUACAAUACUGAACCAGUUGCGGUCAUCGCUGCCAGGCUCGUCUGAGCUGGAAAGCGAAUUUCGAGUGUAUGAGAGGUCGGGAAGUAGGCAUCUGGGAGGAGGAGGAGGAGGAGGAGGAGGAGGAGGCGGGGUCCUGCAGAGUGCGAGGCGAGGCGCCGAUAGUCAGGAUAGUGACAUCCAGAUGGUCGUUGUGCGAAGCGGGAGACAUGGCGGAAUUACGAUACAGAAAGACGUCGUUAUUUCAUCGACGAGGAGGGAUGAGAGUGAUAGUUUUGAGGCUUGA